AUGUCAUCUCGCAACGAGGCUCAGCCCCCGGCUGCUGGAUUAGCGGAGUCAGGAGCGACCAUGUACGCUAGCACGCCAAUUUCCUUUACGCCGAUUUACUUCACCUUUUUGCAGCAAGCAAUCCAUGAGCCUGAACUUCUCAACAAGUCUGGCUUCAUCCUGCAGCAGCUCACCGACGAUGAACUUGCGGCCAGAGAUCGCUGCAAGCGAUGUCAUACACGAAAUGGAGGCAAAUCAGGCAAUGACCCAAAGAAGACGGAAGCCAAACCCCUAAGUGGAAGCGGAGCUCUGAUCUCUGAGGAGGAAAUGGACUUGUUGCAACGCCUCACCCUCCUCCCCACCUUUCUUCGCUACCAGUUCCACUUCACGCCAACCCCAACCGAAGGCAAUGCCAGAUACCGCCAAGUCGUCGCCAUCGACUGCGAAAUGGGCACAGCUGUCGAUAACGAGUCGGAACUGAUCCGCAUCACCCUCGCCGACUACUUCACGACCGAGGUCCUGAUUGAUACUCUCGUAUGGCCGGAUGCGGCCAUGUUGCACCUCAACACGCGCUACUCGGGCGUCUCCUGGGCCGUGCUGACCAAGGCUAAGAAGGAGGGCCGUUGUACCAUGGGCGUGGCUUCGGCGAGGGAGGCGAUUUGGGAGUACGUCUCGCCCAGCACGAUUGUUGUUGGCCACUCGUUGCACUGCGAUUUGACGGUCCUGCGCUGGAUUCAUCCGGUUGUGGUCGACUCGCUUCUUCUCGAGAAGGCGGUCAAGAAGGCCGAACAGGACGCUGCCGAGGCGGAAGCAAAGAAAGAAGAAAGUGGGAAUAAAGAUCAUUCCGCAUCGGGCGAGACUGCUGUUGUCCUCGAAGCAGUGGACGGCAAUCAAGAGGCCCAAUCGGGAUCCGGAAAGGCCAACUCGGGUAAGAGUGAUAACUCGGGGGCUACGAGGAGCCGGAAAGGCGAGUUGACGUUGAAGAAGCUGGCGAUGGAGAGGCUCGGGCGGAAAAUUCAGAAUCGAGCUGGACAUGACAGUUUGGAGGAUGCACUUGCUGCAAGAGAUAUUGUUCACUGGCAUAUUUCGAAGGAGAUACGAAGCCUGGAGGAGUUUUGGGGGUAACG